AUGGCAGAUUCUGGGUUACAGGAAUCGGCACUCAAGUUGUCGAUAUGCGCCAACUUUUCUCAUGGCUCAUGGUUAUCGGGCGAUAAGCAUGAGCGCAUGCGCGAAGCACUGUUCGCGUAUAUGGAGGAGCGCGGUUCGGAGUGGUUUGAGGAGCUCGCCGUGGAGCUGGGGUGGGAGUUCGACGGAGUGAGUGGCGAGGCCUUUCUUGAUGCCUGCACAGUGAUGCAAAGCAACGCCAUGCGCCGCCGAGGCAAAUUCGUGAAAACCAAAGCUUGGUUCGGCAUCAACAGCAGCUUCCGCGACUUGAUCGCGGCAGGAGACGAAGACGAGGCCGCGCCAGCAGAUGAAGCAGAACCAGCAGGAGCAGAAGGCAGCAGACCCAAGCAGAUCCUGACGAAACUUAGGAAAGCGCAGCUCUACAAGUACUACGCUGGCAAGGGUCCGGUGGAGCUGUUUGCCGAGUUCAUGUUGCAGGGAGACCUGCGACAGCACGCCGUCAUCCUGACAGCGGUCGGUGCUCCGCUGGAAUCCAAGUACAAAGCCGACCUGGAGUGUCAGACGAGCGGGGACAUCCAGGACAUGAUUUCUUGGUCUGUGAAUCGUGCACAGGGCCGUGCCUGGUGGACCACCACUCAGGCCAGACAGCAGUUUCACGAGCCCGGGCCAAAUAUCCGUAGCUCUAAGUUCACGAUAAUCAAACACGAAACUCGAGGCAAUCCUCGCCGUGCCCUUCACGUCAAACUUUAUAGAGGAGGUGGGACUGACCCUGCCGAUGAGACCCGCUCUGCCGACGCAGCCCCUCCAUGCUUGGAUACGUGGCUGCAUGUGUUGGAGGGUCGCCGUAGAAGCGUUUCCGCCCUGCCACCGCAUGUGCUGAUUCAGUGGAGCGACAUUUAUUCUGAAGCUGAGGAGGAGCUCCGCAUCAUGGAGGAUGCCCUGAGGUUCGCCACGUGUCUGGCCGGCAACGUGGCCUGGUCACAGGUCUGGGCAGGGAGCCUUGUCGCUGUGGGGGUAGGCUGCACACUAGAAGCAUGUUCCCUGUGUGGAGGUCCAGCACCGCUUCAGCAUGCCUGCAGCUGCCACGGUGCUAUUGGCAAACACACAGGAGGAGCGUGA